AUGUCCGAAAAAGACGGCAAGGAAAAAGGGCAGGACAACGAGGAGGGGGAGAAGCGAAGUUUGCGUCAAGUGUUGGCAGAGUUGGUAGAAUCCAGUUCUCUACAUGGCUUGCCAAGGAUCGUGUCCUCGCGGCAUAUUGCCAUCAAGAUAUUGUGGCUCUUGCUCCUUUUCGGAGCCGCAACUGUGUUGACUAUACAAAUGGUUGGUCUAUUUCGGGAAUAUUUCUCCUACCCAACACAAACAUCAGUGAGUAUGCAUUAUGCUCAGCUCGCAUUUCCAGCACUGACGUUCUGCAACAUGAACCAGAUUAGGCAUAAUUCGAAAUGGAACGACAACCCGGAACUGUAUGAUAUAUACCAGGCAAGCUGGUCACAAAACAUUGUGGAUAACGAAAAUUUCACAAUCGACAAUCUAAUUGGCUGGGGCUUGCCCGAGACUAAUGCACAAGCACUGUUAACAGAUUUCCACAACUCCCGGGAUGGCUAUGAAGCAUGGAGAUCCCGUAUACUGUUUGUGCUUAGAAACAUUUCGAAAGAGGAGCGAAUAGCGAUUGGCCAUCAGGCCGACGUAUUCAUACAUUCAACCAAGGUUGCAGGUUACUCUCUAGAAUCAACCGCAUUUAACAUUAUACAAUCACCUUUGUAUGGAAAUUGCUUCACACUGGAAAGUUCCAGUCUGAUUUCUCGAGGAAGUGGACAGGGGCAUGCAUUGUCGAUUGUUUUCAACAUCGAACGCUAUGAAUAUUUCAAACAGUCCUCAUCGGCUUUUGGAGUUCGCAUGGUUUUGCACGAAAAAGGAACAAUUCCGUUGCCUGAGAGUGAGGGUGUGACGUUAAACACGGCGUUUGAAACAAACGUGGGCAUAAGGCUGGUGAGUAUUGAACGUCUCGGUGGGCGUUAUGGAGAUUGUACGAAUGGAGAAAGCUUCGUUGCUACUUACAACAGCAGUUACACUGUUCCGAUGUGUUACGUCGUUUGUGAAGCAGAGUACACGGCAAUCGAGUGUGGAUGUAUACCGUUAUAUACUCCUGAAAGUCUGCCGUUUGAUAAGCCAAUAUGUGAUGUUGACAACGUUUCUGCACGAGAUUGUCUAACGAAAGUGAAAAAUGAUAUUUAUAACGGGGAUCUUUCUUGCGACUGUAAAACUCCAUGUAAGCAAAGCGUGUAUACGAUGACGCUUUCGGGACGUUCUUGGCCUCAUGACGAAUACCUGAAGACUAUUAUUUUGAAAGAUAUUUGUAAACGAAAAAAUUCAGCUUAUGAUGGAUAUUACAAGAACGGGGAUAAAUUUUGCGAUAAACUGGCAAACGAUACAAUCACUGUAGCUGAACUUGAGACAAUUGCGGGAAACUUCAUAUCAAUCAAUGUGUACUUUGAGGACCUCAACUAUGAACAUAUUGCUGAAGAAGCGCUGUACAACCCAGUCCGCUUUCUUUCCGAUAUCGGCGGAGCCAUGGGCCUUUAUAUGGGGGCGUCUGUUCUUACAUACGUUGAGAUACUUCAAGUCAUCCCAGAAAUUAUUAUUUACCUUUUCUCUAGAAACAGAACAUCAGUAAAUCCAAUGUAA